AUGACGUCCUACCUUCAGAAAGAAACUAUCCCAGACCAGUGGAAGACCUCGCGAACCGUUCUUAUCCAUAAGAAGGGUGACCGAGAGGAUCUUCGGAACUACCGUCCGAUAUGCUUGCUGAGCGUGUUAUACAAAGUAUUCACCAAGAUCAUCCUCACGCGCAUAUCUAGGACGCUGGAUGAAGCCCAGCCUCGAGAACAAGCUGGAUUCCGCCAGGGGUUCAGCUGCUUGGACCACAUCCAGACCGUGUCGAGGGUCAUCUGUUACGCAGCGGAGACGUGGGCAGACACCACGGCCACGUCUAGGAAGCUACUUACUACCCACAGAGCCCUUGAGAGAUCUCUCCUGAAGUUUAACCGGCGCACACAACACCUAGCCGGUCUUCGUAGCUCCGACUUAAGAGGAGUGUCCCGUCCUCGCGACCCAGCGGAAUAUGUAUCGAAAGCAAAACAUAGAUGGGCCGGUCACAUCAUGAGAAGAAUCGACGAUAGAUGGACUAAAAGAACGCUAGAGUGGAUCCCAAGGGACGCUAAACGCCCCCGAGGGAGACCGCCAACGAGAUGGGGUGACGUGUUCGCUGCACGGAUGGACCAGCUGAGAGCUCAUCUGGGUACAGCUCAAGGACCUCGUCAACGUCACUCACGAAGCUUGAGAACAUCUUGGAUGACAAUGGCGAGGGAACGAAACGAGUGGAAGAGAUGUUGGGGCCCGCACGUCCAGUGA